GUGUUACAUAUUGUGAAAAUUGCUAUUAUACUAUAGAAUGUUUUCACUGUGUGUCUCGUGUAUAUUGUUUUUGUGUUGAGUACGAGUAUAAAUGUUUUAGGAUCAAAAGAGGAUAUAUUUCAUAUUGGAGGUGGUAGCACAAUAAAAGGAAUUUGUUUAUUAAAGUUUGUGUGAUUUCAGAAUUGAUUAUGUGAAUAAAAACUAAUUUAGCUAAAUAAGAUCAAUCACUUUAUUAUAGUAUGUAUGUUGCAAACUUUUUAAUUAAAAACUACUCUUAAAUUGUUAGUGCUAUAUGCUAGCAUUUUUUAAUUAAUUAGGGGUGAAUUUGGAAAGCACUGGAACGCUUCAUAAUUUUUGAAGGCAAGAACACAUUGAGUCCUUGCUGCCAAUCCCAACUUGAAAAAGUAAACCCAUGUAUGAAGGAAUAUGAAAAAAAGCAACAACAAGUUGAAGACAGAAAAAUUUGUAUUGGUGAUUAUGAAAAACAUAUGAAUGAACCACAGAUUGAAGACAUUUGUGAUAAAGGACCUAAAGAGCCAUACCAAAUUCCUGGAUAUGCAGGUCAUGUACCAACUUUGCAAUUUCGGUCGGGAGGAACUUAUGGGGAUGACUCUCACAAAGCCCUAAUCUCAAGAAGUGACCAGAAACCGAUUUCAGUCAACAAGAAUGGACAUAUUUGUCCAACUCCUCUACAUGAACCUUAUCGAAUUCCUGGUUAUACAGGUCAUGUACCAGGCUUGAAAAAUAUGGUGGGAGGAACUUAUGGUCAAGACACGCACAAACUUCUUUACUCCAUUGAGUCUUAUCCAAAUAGACAGGUCAACCUCAGUCCAUUCAGAUUGACACGAGUGGUUGAUGCCAGAGGAGAUGGCAAUGACGGGAGAGGAGAGCUUUGGGAUCAAAUAGAUCAAAACCAAAACAGCCACCACCAAUACUCUCAUAAAACUGGUGAGGAAAGACACUCUAGAGCAACACCUAACACUUACGAGAGACCCAAAGAACACUACUAUCAGCCCCAGUAUAAAUACAGAAUAGCAGACACUUACGCCACAACAGCUGAUCUGACGCUUGUGGACCCGUGCGUCAACCAAGAGAGUAAAGUUAUUGUCUCAACUAGAGACCUUGAUGAUACUCAGGUGGUGAGAACACAGAAUACUCUGGAGGAGAAGGUACAAGAUACUCCUUAUAUUAAUCAACCACUCAGACAUCGCCCAAUGGUUCCUGGUUUUGAUGCAUUUAUUGAUGCCUUGAGGGGAGCAAGAGGACAACGAUAUGAAUUCACUCAUCACUCUCCUGAACACAUUCAGUUACAACAACAAAUUAUUCUACAAAAAGGAAGAAUCAGGGAACCUCUGAAGAGAAAUCAGACCACAGGUGGUCAAUACACGCAUCAACCUCAUAGUCAGCAGUCAGUUGAUGAUAUUCCAUAUGGCUAUGGAAAAUAUGGAGAAAACCCAAAGUACACCAAUUCUACGUUAUGUGAUUUUGCAACCAAUUAUCGGCGUAGACAGAGCUCAGAGUGGGCUCCAGCAAACAUUUCACGUCCGGAUCCUCCAGCAUUUGAUGUUCCUGGAGAAAUCUACACCCAGCAUACAGGUCUGCUGCCUGGCUACUCUGCACAUGUGCCUGGAGCACUGUUCAGGUGCGGGAAAACGUUUACAGAUGAUUCAAGGGAUGCUAGAAAAGCUCUCAGAGGCGAUAGAUUCUAACUACUCAUUUAUACUAAUGUCACUACAAUUAUUAAUAAAUAUUUUUAUAUAACUGGA